AUGUUGAACAGACUUGCCCGUGCCUCUCGUGGUAUUCAUCAUCAAAUUUCCACUCCUCUCAUCAUCAACCAAACUAGAUUCUACAGUAACUCUCCAUCCUAUCCAAAGAAUGUCAUUGAACAAAAGGUCAUCGAAAUUCUUACUAAACACGAUAAUAUAAAAACAACACCAACAGGUACUUCUCAUUUAGUGAAAGAUUUAGGUUUGGAUUCUUUGGACUCUGCUGAAAUUAUUCAUGAAGUUGAAAAUGAAUUUGUUCUUGAAAUUAAUGAUGACGUUGCUUUCCAACUUCAAUCUGUCCCACAAAUUGUUGAAUUCGUAUACAAGGAAACUCAUCAUCAUUAA